UUUUUAAAUGCAUUGAUCUUGUGAUAAAUGAGGAAGUAUACUUAAAGGGAUAUGUAUAUAUUGAAUGUUUCAGUUGUAAAGGUUAUAAUGACAGUUUACAAUGCUUUUGAUAACUCGUGAAUGGCGGUUUUAAAGAUUCAUUUUCAGAUAUUAAACCUACAACCAUGACCAGAAUGAAAAUCAUCAUAUCUGUAUAUCUAUUUGGAGUGAUCUCCCUUACAAUGCUUCACACUACUUCUUCAAUAGAAUGUCCACAGUUUUGCACCUGUAACGUAACAACGGGUGAAGCUAAAUGCCAAAAUACAUUAUACAGCGGUAUCCCAGCUUUCCCAACUUAUAUCACUAGUCUAACCUAUACAGGUAUGAAUUUACCUGAAGUGAAAAAGAAAACAUUUAACCUAAUUAAAGAUUUAGACUUACAAGUUCUUAUUCUGAGACAUAAUCGUAUACAAAAUAUUACAGAUAAUGCACUCAGUAAAUUAAUACAUCUGCGUCAUCUUGAUUUAAGUGGAAAUGGUCAAAUUAAUUUUACACAGUUAGGUGCAUGCCUUGGGAAUAUUGAAUCGCCAAAUAUAACGAUUUUAAAACUUAAUUCAUUUGGUUGGGACAAUGAACCGAUAAGCAUUUAUGAAACAAUUUCAAAGUACAACAUCACUGAAUUACAAAUGUCCCGAAAUAAUUUCAAACUUUUAAAUCUGAGCGCACUUGAACAGUACGUACCAAACUUGACCUCAUUAAAUGUGGCGUAUAAUGAUAUAGAACAUGUAAUACCUGGUCAGUUAAAGAAACUUGAGACAUGGAGAAUCCACCACAACUAUGUUGAUGUCAACUACACAUUAUUCAAUUCUACCGGAACAUGUAACUUUCCAAGUUUGAAAGUUUUCAAUUUAACGUCAAAUUUUGUUAAUCGUUUUGAAAAUCGUUUUUCGUGUCUCGACAAGCUAGAAGUAUUAGUCCUAGACAGAAAUCCCGUCAAGCAAAUUCUAGAAGACACAUUUGCAGAUCUGCCGUCAUUGCAGGUUCUACAUCUGAAUCAUUUAGGUGAUCGUUUGUAUAAUAUAGAAGCGUUUCCAUUCCGAAGUAAGAGUUUAAAGGAAUUGUCAUUUGCAAGGAACCAUUUUUCUUUUUUUAAAUCUGCAAGGUAUUUAUACUUUAACAGUACUGAAAUAUUUGGCGGAAUUCCCAACCUUGAAGCAAUAGACCUCAGUGAUAACUACUUUAAUCUUACCGAUGGUGUUCUUCGUGAAAUGAUAUCGCAUCUGACAAAUUUAAAACGAAUAACGAUAAAAUCGUGUAAAUUUCAAACUAUUCCAACAGAUAUCUUUAGCAAAAUGAAAAGACUUGAAGUGUUAAACUUGACAAAAAAUCACAUUGGACAAUGGAAUGGAGCAGACGUUUUCGGUAGCAUAUCGUCACUAAAGACACUGCGUUUGGACUUUAAUUAUAUAAAUGUGUUCAACGAUACAUCGUUUCCAGAGUCCUUUAUGGCAAAUCUUAAGUCAAUAGAUUUGGCAGGAAAUCCUUUUUUCUGCAGCUGUAAGAACCUCUGGUUUCGUAAGUGGAUUCAUUCUUGGCGAUUGAAAAGACCAAACAUAUUUAAAGGAUAUCCGGCUAAUUAUCUUUGUAUCAAUCCGCCAGAAUUAUAUCAUACUGAAUUGAAAGAUUAUUUUCCGUCCGACUAUGAGUGUUACCCGGAAAAAAUGAACGCAGCCUUACAGUCGUUCAUAGUGUUAUCACUGAUUGGCAUCUUCAGUGUUAUAUUGGUAAGUUUAAUUUAUAAAGGUAGAUGGCAUAUUAGAUACUGGAUCUACCUACAGCGCGUCAAACAAAAAGGAUACAUUUCACUAAAUAGUGGCGACAGUUCUCUGUAUUCUGGAUUCGUUGUAUACAGUGACGAAGAUAGACAUUGGGUCUUUUCCAAGUUUCUUAAAAUAGUGGAGGAAGAAAACGAUCAAACAUUGUGCAUUCACCAUCGCGACUUCGAAGUAGGGAAGCUCAUUGUUGACAAUAUCGCCGAUUGUAUUGCACAAAGUAGAAAAAUUAUAUUAGUAUUAUCUCGAACCAUGAUGGCGAGCGAUUGGUGCUUAUUUGAAACUAGACUUGCACAGAGAAAGUUUUUAAGUGAUGACAACGGAUCUCUUAUAAUCAUUAUGCUUGAAAAUAUACAGAAGAAAGAUAUGCCACAUUCCUUACGUGACUUAGUUGAUUUGACAACGUACAUUACGUGGGCCGAAGAACCUGAGUUACAAGAAAGAUUUUGGAAAAAUGUUCUUAGGUGUAUCAAAAAUGAAUGAUUGAUUUCUGUUAUCAAGAAAUAGGGUAGACAUUUGUAUACCUUUUCUAGAUUAUAAAAUUCUGUUCAAACGCAAACUGGUCAUAAAUGUAUAGAGAAAUUAAUUUUGAAAAGUAUGUGAAUGCAUGAACCGAGAGA